GAUGCCGAGUGGAGACCAGGGAGGGACCCACAAAGAAGGCCCCAAAGAAGGGCCCUGGGGAAGUCUCUGGCCGGAGUGGAAGCUGGAAGCAGCUGCGUCAUCGGCGACUUUAACGAGCUCCGUUGCUGUGGCCUUCGCUGCAGCAGCGGAUGCAAAUGAAAUGCCGCAGAAUCUGAGAAGCCUUUGCGAUCUGGCAGGAGAAUGUGCAGCCUGGCUGCAUGCCAGGACGAUGAUUGCCAUCGCUCAAGUGCAACUGCGGACACCCUUCGACUUCAAGAACCUGCUUCGGCUGCUUCUGCGAAGCUUAGCCAAGGAUGCCCAGCCCUGCCAUAGCUCCGACUGGGUUUCUCUGGCCGCAGAGCUGCAGCUUAUCGGCCUCGCGCAUGGCGACGGAGCGCUGAACCAGCGUUGCGCGGAGGCGGCGGCCAUGGUCCGCACGAGGGCUGCCAGGGGCGAAAUGGCUGCGGCCGCGGAGCUAUUCUGGGUGUUUUUGACAGCCAAGGCUCUGAACGAGGAGCUCCUUGCAUCCUUGGAGUCUUUACACGACAUUCCGGACAAAGCGCCCGACGCACUUGCUGGGCUCCUGUGUGGGCUGGCCCAGCCUUGUGUCUACGAUAUAUUGGGUGCCAGGCGGCUACUGGAACUCGCCGACCACUUCGCCCGGCGCUUGACCGACCUUCCCCAAGAGCUUCCGACCCGGUCGCUUCCCCGAGUAGCCCUGGCACUGGCGGAUUUGCUGCAGCUGACGAAGGGCGGUCUUGGACUCCUUCAGGCCCUCCUCUCCGUCAACCGCGAAGCAACAUCACGUCUCGAUCGGCUUUCCAUGGAAGAUCUCGCUGACUUGGCUGUUUCAUUGUCCGGUGCACCCGAGCAGCAGGAUCUCAUGGAUGCAUUUCUGACGGAAGCCGGUCACCGUCUGCAGGGUCGCGCAGGUCCUCCCGUGCCAAGCCCUGGCUCUGCCGUCCUUUUGCGGAGAGCGCUGGGGUCGGUGCCUUGUGGCAGCGUGGGUUUACUGGGAGAGUUCUGCCUGGUUACGGGCCGCUGGCGCGUCUGGCUGGAGGGCGAUUCCCUGGAUGCCCGGGAAGAGGACUUCGGGCUCUUGGACGGGGGUGCGCGGCCUCAGCGAUGCUGUUUCUCGUGCUGGAAGCUUGCGCCCCGGCUCUGGAAGUCUGCCGAAGAUGCAUCUCGAGAGUUCUGCGAUGAGUGUCGCCAGAACUGUGGGCGGGCCGAGGACGUGCCGAAGGAUCCAUGCGUCCGAGGCAUUGAAGACCUUCCCGCAGGCUUGGGGCCCUCGCCCCGAGCUGUGGCGCGGAUGGCUUUGGCCGCGGCUCAUGCGAGAAGGCCCCAUAUAGGAUUGCUCAAGCAGUUCCGUGCUGCUGCAGAGCAGCUCUACCACAAAGUGACGGAGGAGCUACCUUUCCAGGAAGAGACAGGCCUUUCAAAGGCGAGUUCUUUGGCAAAGUCUGGGCCGGACAUUCCCGUUUUCGUCGUGAAUCUAGAUCGCAGCCCGCACAGGCUCGAGGAGAUGCGGCGAGAGGUGCAGCGGUGCAACCUGCGCGCGCGGCGCUUUGCGGCGACGGAUGGCCGGCAUCGCGUGGUGCGACGCAGCCAAUGUGAGCCAUACACCAGAGACUUGACAAGCUUCGCAUUACGCUGGGACGAGGCUCGACCCGGCAUUGGUGUGGCGUUGACUGCUGACCAGGAGAGGCACUACGUGGGCUACGCCGGAUCUUGGUUGUCACACAUGCGGGCUUUGCGCCAGGGCUUUGAGGAAGGAUCUCCCUUCGUGGUCGUGCUUGAGGAUGACCAGGGUCUGAGUCCUGACUUCAAUGGCGUCUUGAGAGACAUCCUGGAUUCGGCCGGUGAUCUUCUGGAUGUCGUCAUCUUGGGUCCUUUAGAUUGGCGCUUGCGGAGCUUGCAGUAUGCACAGCGCCGCAAGGUCAUGCAGCUGAGACAUCCUUGCUCGGCGAGCAGAACGAGCGAGGAGGAGUACAUGGCGGAACUCUAUGGUUACAAGCCCACCUUAUGCCAGGAGAGCACCUACUUCCUCUAUUCUAUUGGAUCUCGGGCAAUGACAGGCGAAGAUCUGCUUUCCACUGGUUGUUGUGGAGUGUGGGGCUAUCUGGUCAGCCGCCGCGGGUGCCAGAAGAUGGAGGCUUCCAUGAAGUUCAUGUGGGAGUCCUUUGACGACGUGCUGCAAGCUGAGCUUCAAGGCGACAAUCGCUUCACCAGCUUUGUGGGGAAGCAUCGCCUCUGGGCCGUGUGGCCCCCCCUCGUCUCCUCGGACGGGAAGUGGCCCUCGCAAAACUCUGGGGAG